CCAUAACGAAAUAUGGAGAAAUCUAUCAGGUGUAAAAGAUAGCGUACCUCAUCAAGAUCGCGUUCCAGAUCUCAACAUCACAAUAUUAUCCUUGUGUGAAUAAUCCUCUCUUUCUCUUUGUCUUCCUUCUCUCUCUACAUUUGAAACCGGCGCAAGAAGCUCGUAAUUGGUAUGGAGGUUAACAAGCAAGAUCAGGUUGACGGAAAUCUUUCCGAGGAUAAAAGCUCCAUGCCUUCAUCUAAACAAGAGGAGGAAGUCGUGAAGAAGAAAUAUGGAGGAAUUUUGCCUAAGAAACCACCUCUCAUUUCUAAGGACCAUGAGCGUGCCUACUUUGAUUCUGCUGAUUGGGCACUUGGAAAGCAAGGUGUUGAUAAGCCUAAAGGACCUCUCGAAGCGCUUCGGCCUAAAUUACAGCCUACACAACAGCAAACGCGAUACCGGAAGUCUCCUUAUGCCCCAGCUGAUGGCGAAGAUGCAGGGAGUGCAUCUGAGGAUGCAACUACCAAUGAAUGAGAAAUCUCCAUUGUUAUUUAUAUGGUGAGGAUUUCUGAAGGACACAACUGCCAAGGAAUGAGAAAUUACUAUCUGUCUUCUGCUCUAGUGAGGACUUGAUUGUUACUCUUAUACCAACAUAGGUGGUGGGUGAUUUCUGUUAUCUGCUAGAAUAAAGUCGGUGGAGUUGUUUGGAUAUUGCCGAAAAGAAACUCGGAGAGGGUCCCUUUUUUGUUAAUGUUUACAAUGCAUAAUUCAAACAGCUUUAUCCAUUGUCAUUCUGUGUAAUCCAGCAUGCAUCCUCGAUGACCAUUACUUCUAGUGCAAAAUCAAGUACUCUUUCGUUUCUCA